GUGACCUAUAUGUUCGCUCCCUGAGGUUAGCGGACUGUAUCUUAUUCAAACUUUCAAACAUGUCUGCUUAAGCAAGUGAGGACAUAACCUCACGCGGGAAUUUAGUUUUCGGGACUUAGCUGACUCCUAUUGAAAGAGGAGUCAAGUCAGACGAUCAGAAAGAGUGACAGUAAGGCACGCCAUGGCUGUGCCUGUAAACCGUCACUAAAUACCUCAAGUGUCCCAGCAGGGAGUCAAUCUUGGUCGACGCCAGAAGCGUGGUGUCCCAAUUGAUAGGAAAUUCUUUGUGGUUGAAAUUUCAAGGGCGCCAGAAAAAAUGGCCGUCCUAGUGAAAGUGCGACAGGUGAGAGCUUGUGCCCUCUCAGUCUGCAUGUAAAUAAGUGAGGCCCAUAACUCUCACCCUUACUCCUUGCCAUAUUUGUGAUAAGGAGCCAAAAGGACCUUGGGAGUUUCUAUUGAUAGUGUGAAUAUAUAAAAUAUAAAAAAAUAUAAAAAUUUCGACAUGGAUAAAGUCAGUCGUAAAUCUUGGUCACCUAUAAAGGAGAAUCAGCUCGCUGCGCGGCUGGCACGGCUUGAGCGAUCUCCGUCAGGUGAGGAAUUCAGAAAGUAUGCUGCGAGUUCUAGUGGUGUUAACAAAGAGGAUAUGUUGGUUGAUGAGCCAACAGGGCCCAAGAGGCGGAGGAUGAUAUCAGAGGAGAAUCAAAUGGCGACAUGGAGUCAAGUUAGUAGUCAGAUGAGCAGUCGCAGCCACUCACCAUCACAGUGUGACACGCCGCUAGACGACAGCCUCCUGAGCACGCCCAGCGCCUCCCCGUCCAGUACGCUGAAGGAGCACUUCAGGCGACAGUACCGCAAACAUGACCUCUGGAAUGCCAUCGAGACCAACUACACUUACCUCAUGGACAAGGGCAUCAUUGAAGCGUGUCAGGAAUCACAAGACAGGGAGAUAACUCCUACAGCUGAGCCGGUAGCUUCGUUCGGUGACUUCCUGAAACAGUACAAGGAAAUCACUGAUUGGCUGAAGAACAUUCAGACAGUGCUUCAGAAGAAAGCAUCCAAGUCCCUGGCUCUCUCUGAGAAAUACCUCAACAGGAGCUACUAUGAGGAACUGGACUGCUCCCCCAAACUUAAGCUCCUGAAUGACUACGCCGUCCAACUGAAGACUUGUCAGCCGGUGUUGACGGAGGAGGUGGAUGUGUUCUUGAAGGAGGUCAACGCCCAGUGGGCCACCAUUCAGGCUGCUGUGAAGCCUAGCAACCUCAACCUUGACCCUGUUGCAAUGGUGAAAGAUCUGAGCCUGGAUCUGGAGACACUCACGCGCUGGCUUGAUGGCAUAGAGGACCAUCUCCGCAUGCAGAUGUCCCAGGCCUGGCAGUAUGAGGAAUUGGAGGCCGUUCUCAGUGAGCACAAGGUUCAGCAGACUGAUAUUGAAGCCCACUCGCGCGUCAUAUCAGCUGUUCUCAAACUGAGCGACCAUCUUCAUGACAACGGUGUGGAACAUGGCGUCCUGGAAACGAGCUCACGGAACCUUGAGCGGCGCUGGCACGGUAUCUGGCUGCAGUCUCUAGAGUGGCAGUGUCGUCUAGAGGAUGCCAUCAGCCGCAGAAAGGGCAUAUGUAACCCCACGCCAUACAUCGACACAUAUUCAAGCUUGAGAGACUUCGACGAUGAUGAUGACGACUACGAUUAUGAUUCUCACGAUGUAACAAGCGGUGGUGAAGACAGCUUCCCCGAACUCGGUUACCGAGGUGACUUCGUCCAGUCACCCCAGAAGACGGACUGCAGCACUUCAUUUUCUCCCGAAUUUGAUAGACGUAGCGGGAAGGAUAGUGCAGUGGCUAGUGAGUCGGAGCAGAAGACAUCGUCAGACAUGUCUGAGAACUACCAGGACCUGUCUGUAUCCACGUGCAGCGAGUCUGAACGUGAAUUCCAGCGUCAGUUUGUGGUCAAGAAGCAUGAUAGCAGGGAUAUUGGCUAUGGGAGCGAGAGCCUAUCGGACGAUCAUGAUGGGAGAAUGAAAGGAAUCACGUUCACAGGGAUCCGAGGCAAGAAGAACUCAAGCAAUGAUUACUAUGCCACUGUAGCAGUUGAUACGGAAUCAACAGACAAGACGGAUGGUUGGAACUCGGCAAAUCAGGAUCAGAAGAGCGAUGACUCUGAUAUCAAUGGGCAGGUUCAGACAGUUCUUAAGCAAGAGGAGCCCCAGAUGGAGGAUAUCCGAUACCUCAUCAACCAGGCUGACCUCAUGAUCCAGCAGGGAAACACGUUCAACAAGUCAUUUAGUCCUAAGCACCAGGAAUCCUUGGCAUCAUUGGCGCCACCCAGAGAAAUGGUCGACAAAGGUGUGGGGACUGUUGAGAGCUCUUGUGAUGCAAGUGAUGAGGAAAGUGGCGAAUCAGAUGGGCAGCUCGAAGACACGACAGAGACCAUUGACAGUGUGUUGGCUAGUGAGUAUACAAGUGACGAAAUGCGGAAUGGGAUGCGUGAUAACAUGAGACUGCCAAAACUGUACGACACUUCCAGCUUGAAGAUAAGAGUGAAAGGGCGAGGCAGAGAGAGACCGUGGAGUGUCAUCGAGUGUGUCUCGCCCUCUGAACCUCUCAUAGAAAGACUGAGCAUGGCUUACAGUGACUCAGAAAUCUCAGAGACGCGGACGCGUCCCACAUCACACUCAUUGUCACCUACACUCUCCAGACAUCGAAUCAGGAAAAUCCAGCGACCAAUCAGCGGUAAGACUUCUUCGUCCAGAUCUCAGUUGGGAGCGAAGCGGAAACUUAACCUUGAACUUCAUAACAUCUCGCCUGUGCUCCAUAACUCAAUCACUGUGUGCUCUAAGCAAAAUGCUGAAAACACGCCUGAAGUACCGGUAGCUCAAAUUGACUCAGUUCAUUUCAGAUCAGUUUAUUCAUCAACCCCAGUUCAUCAAGAACCAAUCUCAGAGAAUUUAUCCACGCCUGUGAAAGCGCACAAGGGUUUCUCAGGACCUGGUGACCAAGUGCCUUUGAUGGAGACAUCAGAGGAAGAGUUGAUGACACCUCAAGGUCAUAACAAUCUAAUCUCCACCCUUCAGAAUGCCAGGUUCAAGUCAAGUGGAAGUAGCUAUGACGAUUCAGAUACAAAUGCAGAUCCUACUGCGGUUUCUGAGUUGGAAGAUCCAAAUGAUGGAAACUUUUCUGAGAAUGCUUGGGACAACUAUCAGGCGCCCCUGUACACGACCGGCAGUGAGGACCCCCCAGAGGAAGCCCUGCCCUGGGAACCGGUAGAUAUGGAGUUUGAUGAUGAGUUUGGUCUCCCCACCUCCACCAUCCUGGCCACCUUGUUGGCACGCAAAUCUGAGGACGAGGGCACAGCAGGCAAACAUGCCAAACUGAUCCCAUCCAGCCAUGCAAACAUGGAUGACAGUGACUCUGAUAUUGAGGACCUGCAUCAUGUGCUCCAGGAAUCACACAUGCAGCUCAAGGUGGCCAUGAAAAGCUUGCGAAAGAAACGCAAAGACCCUUUGAAAACAGGACUGUAUGAAAAUCCUGGGAAAUAUGGACAGUUGCUGGCAACCAUUGAGACCAACAUCCGGUGUCUACAGGACAUAAGCCAACAGUUGGACCAGGCUGACUUCACUGAAGAGGACAAGCUCCAGAUCCAAGACCUGCUGUAUCAAUGGGACAGGCUACGGACCACGACUCAGGAGAGACAACUUCAGUCCCAGGAAGUGAAGACGAUGUACGCCGUAUAUCUCACAGUGGAGGGAAUCAUGUUGGAGGGGAUACCACAACUGGAUAAGCGUGGGUUCAACAGUGUGGAAGAAGUGCUGCAUACAGCAGCUGAGAUCAUGGAAAAACAGAAAUUGCUACUUUGUCAGAAGCAAAUACUGUCUAAUCUCAAUGUGGCUGUACGUACGUUCUCUACCCAGAAUGCCACAGUUGACACAGCCUACUUCAUGGAGCAGAUUAAAGGGACACAACUCAAAAUUGAUGAUCUUCUACAAAGGUGCCUUGGUGGACUGCGUGAACUCGAGCACAUUCACUUGGCCUGGUUUGAGUGUUCUGAAAUUCAACAGCAUCUCAAGUUCCUCCUGGCUCAGGAACGAGACCUGAUAGACAGCUCCCCAUUCUCCCAGUGUGUUGAUGAGUACUGGAACCAGGUGGGAGGGCGUGAUUGCCUCAAGAAACUGAUGAACAGUCUGUCUUUGUAUGAAGAGAACCUGAGAGCCGAUUGGAUGGACAUGUCAGAUGAGGGCUGGAAGAUUGACCUUGAUGCAGGACUGGCCGACAUCAGAAAACAGCUGUCUGUUGCCCGCAACCUCAUAGGUAUCUUGGAAGAGUUCAAGACAACUUAUGAGCUCAAAUCUGACAGUGGCGUAGAUGUGGCAAAGACAGUACCAGCUUACCUUGACAGAAACAUGGAGCUGGCAAGGACAGUACCAGCACAGGCAGCACAAUCCAGGCCUCAAGUGUGGACUAAGUCGUUCCCCCUGACGGCAGUGGCUUUUGCUGUAUUCCUGGGUCUUCUGUACCUCUUUGCUCCCAGUGCUCUUCACAAGCUGCUUGAUUUCAGCAUCCGGAUAACCCCAGAGCUUGAAUACACAAACGGUGCCCCACCUGUGUAAAUAGAAAGGGGAACCAGCAAUAUAGUCCCAUGUCCUGAGUAAGGCAUAUGUAAAAUAGGCAGGGCUGGCCCUGGCUGGAGGAUAGAAAAUGAGUGUCUGAUAUUAAGUCUGAUGGAUGAUGAUGUAUAAUAAUGAAGUAGAGUAAACAAAGAAGUGUUUUGAAAAUGUGCUAUGUUUACCUGUCUGUUUGAUUCCUCACAGUUGAGGAGACUAUGUGUCACUGUAAAUAUCCUUACACAAUGAGGUAAUUUGAAUAAGUGCUGUGUAAAAAGGCUAACCAUGUACAUAAAUAUGUAGACGAGCAAAAAAUGUUGAUAGGGGUAAAAUAAGUUGUAUUUCAUGAAUUGUAAUAUUAGCUUAUUAUGUUAGAUUUUUGGGGGCAUAUACAUAUGCAUAUUUGUGAGCCACAAAAUUGGUGUUUAAUUUUUGAGAAAGGUGUACAUAGCUGUACAAAAUGCAAAGGAAAAAGCACCAAAUGUUGCUAUGUUAGUUGAUGUUCAUAUUAACCUAUUGACCACAAAUCUUGCUAUGUACAAAUUAGCUUCUGAAAUGGGACAAUAUUGGUCACUAUGUAUAUAGCACUUAAUCUUGCUAUAUAUGUGCUAUGUUAAAGAAAUGCCUUAAAGAAAUCAGAAACGUUCAAUGCAGGUCAAAAUUAUGUAAAUACAAACCAUGCAUAACUCUUAUUAGACGGUGACCAAUUUUUUCUCCAGAAUUGGAGAUUGGCACAAAUGCCAGGACACCUUAAAGUAACAUACCGAAAAUGAAACUGACAUAAAAAUGUCAUAGACUGGGACACUGACAGUUAAAGAAUGUCUUUAAUAGGACACUAUUUAACCUUGCACCUGAAUGUGACGACAUGGCAUAGAUAUUAAGUCUUGUACAUAUCAAUGUGUGGAACUGUGGUAUCUGGUUUACAUUUCCAUGUCAGAUACAAUAGUAGCGUACUCAAGCCGUGAUUUCAUUCAACACAAUACAAGACCCAACCUAAAGCUGCGUGCACACACAAAUUGAAGACUAAUAAAUAAAUGUAAGUAAUUUAGUGCAGUUUAAGGGAUGAUAUCAUUUUAUAUGGAUUUAUAUAAGUCAAUUGUUUUAUUCAUCAAAUAUAAUUAUUUUUUGGUGUUACUUUUACCACAGAUUUUGGCUUUUGCUAUUAAUUAAAUCUGUCAAAAAAUGUAGUCAGAGUUCUUAAAGCAAUUAAAGCAGUUGAGCAAUAAUCUUUUUUGUUCUAGUCUCUGACCUACUACAAUAACAAUUUGAAUAACAUGUGAGCAUGCAGCUUUAGGGUUGAUCUUAUUUGAAAUAUUGUGUUGCUGAGAAAAGUGUCUGUUUGUUGAAUACCAAGUUAUGUGACAACCUUUAUCCAGCAUAGUAAAGAAAUUGCAUCAGCCUUUGCAAGUUACUGCAAACAUUCAACUUUUGUUGUGUCAGAAGACUCAAUAGGCCAUUGAAUAUGGCCGAUUAGCACACAUUGAUAAAGUGGAUGUGCAUGUAAUAACAGUAACUGUUUUAAGUUGUGUAAAUACAGUUAACAGUACUGUUAAAUGUGUUAAUUGCAGAUUAGUUUCCAAAAUCUGUGGGGUAGAGUGACCUCUGCUUUAGAUAAACUGGCCUAUUCACAAGCAAUUAUUGUGGUGGUGUUUCACAAAUGCUGUGUGGAAUUGUGUUCAAGUCAGUGAUUAUCAAUCUGACAUAAAAGAAAAUUGAAAAUAGUGAAUCAUUCAAUGAUCCUGUCCGGUAGAGAAGUUGUGGUGGAAAAUAGUGAAUGGCCUGUCUUGUAGACAGAGGUGGAAGAAAAUAUCCCAUGGCCCUGUCUUGUAGACAGAGGGGGGGGGGGAAAUAGUCCAUGGCCAUGUCUUGUAAACAGAGGUGGGGGAAAAUAUCCCAUGGUCCUGUCUUGUAGACAGAGGUGGGGGAAAAUAUCCAAUGGCCCUGUCUUGCAGACAGAGGUGAGGGAAAACAGUCCAUGGCCCUGUCUUGUAGACAAUAGAAGUUAUAAGAAUUUGGUUUAAUGACCAAUUCAUGAUGUACUGGUUGUAUACCUAUGUUGGGGGUAUAAAUGUCUUCUAGAGCAUUCAAGCUCCAUGGAACUGGAACCUGUUCCAUGUUAAAAAGUAGACACAGGUGCUUAAAAAUUGCAGUGAUGGAAGUGGUUGAAGACCACACUGUUUUAUGACACAGCAAAAGCUAUGUCUUAAUUGGUCAAAAUGUUGACCAUGAAUAAGGUCAGUGAGCAAUGAAUAGCCAAGUUGAAGAUUAAUUCUGAUGCAUUUCACAGGGAACUUGUAUAUUAAGAAUAUAAUAUUUUAUUUUAAUCUCACACUUUUUAUUUAUUGGUUAAAAGGCUGUUGAACAUUUACAGCCCAUUUUUUGAGUUGAAAGAAUAGAAUUGAGUUCCUUGUGAGACUUAUGCUGGGUAGAAACCAAGCUAACCAAUGAAGAUGACCCCAGAAAUCUUGUGACUGUGACUCCCAUAUUAUGUGACUUUGAGUGACUCCAAUAUAGUGACUUUGAGAAGCCAAGCGCUGGCUUGUUAAGACAGUGUUGUGUUGUUUCCUAGCAGAAACAAGUGAAUAUGUUGUGAUGACGUUUUUUGAAACUUAAGUUUCACACUUUUAAGUUGGUUGUGUUGAUCAAAGUGUUUGCAAUGAGAAUUCAUCAAAUUCUCUGCUUUUAAAGAAUUAAAUGGUGAUUGCAAACAAUGUAUGGUAAAUGGAAAAGCCUUUAAGAGGUGAUAAAGAAGAUGGUUGAAAUUUGAUAAAGUAAUUCAUGUGAAUAGUGUAUAUUUUUGCCAAAAUAUUGAGAAAAAAAGAAUAAAAAGUAUAGUUAACAUAGACUGCAUAUCAUAAAAGAAAUUGUAAAUGCUUUUUGUAAAAUGUAUAUACAGACCUUGGUUUGAGGAAUUGAGGGACAUAAAUUUGGGAUAAGAAAUGUUUGUAUGAUAAAUAGGUGUUACUUUUUACAUUCCAUUUUAAAACAAAUGCACUGUGUAUACAGUUUUACUUAAAAGGUCUGUAUAUGACAUGUUGUGAAUAGACAAUGGAACUGAAGAUUUUAAAUAUGUAUUGUUUCUAGAAACCCUAGUUGGAAUAAAUUGAUUGAAAGGGGAAAAUAUCUUGUACUUAAAUGAAAAAUGUAAAUUAUAACAAAGUUUAAUAUGUUCUGGUAGAUCAAUUAUUGUGAUAUUUCCAUUUUCUAUUGACAGGGCAGUUAUCAUAUGCAGGUACAAAUCACAUAUACUUUUUAUGCAUGAUUUUUGGCAGGCUGUUGGUUAUUGUUCACAGGAUGUCAAGUGUUUUCGAGAUCUGUUUGUUUGUCUCAUCAUAGCUGAUAUCAUGUAAACAAGUAUUGAGUUGUUUUUGCAUAGACAAUUUGAAACUUCAAUACUUGAGUACCGGGUACAUGUAUUUUGAUAUUUGUUACUUUAGUGCCUACAACAUAAAUCUUUGCAUUCAUGUACAUACUCUCUGUUGUUUUCAUACCUAGCACUCGUGUACAACAACCAGGUUGAUCCCAUUCAGGUUUAGGCAUUUAAAAUGAAGCCUUUAGUUUUCCUGCAGGAGAAGAAAUAUGGAAGUAUACAAUUUCAGGAUGCAUUUACUUUUCAUCUGCAAUUCUGGCUGUUUUAAAUAUUGCACGAUCAACAUGAUAACUUUAAUCUUUAAAUGAUCCAAUUAUUAUCCCCACAGCCUUAUCAGUUGCCAUGUUACCAUGGUGGUUCUAUAUCAUUGUUAUUAGCUGCAGAUUGAUCUCCUUACAUGUUUAAAAAAAAAAGGAUUUGUAUUUUGGCAUAAAUGAUAAAAGUUCUGACUUCAAUAUUUUUGCUUACCAGAAUUUGUUUUGUUGUUGAAGUUUAUUUAUUGAUAUUUAAAUUACAGCGUUCUUACCUAUGUAACUGGCAGCACUUCAUUUUUGUAUUUUUGUUUUUAUGCCCCCAAUGGGCGGCAUAUAGUUUUGGCACUGUCCGUCGGUUGGUUUGUCGGUCCGUCCAUCAGUCACACUUUUGGUGUCCACUCUCUAAUUCAAGUAGUUCUCAUCCGAUCUUAACCAAACUUGGUCAGAAGUUGUAUCUAGAUAAUGGGUAGGCCAAGUUCAAACAUGGGUCAUGCUGGGCCAAAAACUAGAUCACGCGGUCCCUUAGUGCGAUUCAAACAUUCAGCAUGGUGUCUGCUUUCUAAUUUAAGUAGUUUUCAUCCGAUCUUCCCCAAACUUGGUCAACAGUUGUAUCGAACAUGGGCAAUGCCGUGCCAAAAACUAGGUCACGGGUUACUUAGUGCUUUUUAAACAUUCAGCAUGGUGUCAGCUCUCUAUUGCAAGUAGUUUUCAUUCCAUCUCAACCAAAAAAUGUAAAGAAUUGGCAGAAAAAAAAUCUACAAACUGCAGCAGAUGACAUAUGUAACAAACAACAAAAUUUAAAUAUUUAACACCUGUUAUGCAGCAAACUAAUAGUUUAAAACAAAGGCGAUAUAUAGCUAAAACAAAAUUACACAGUUAUGCUUUUAUGUAGUGACAAAGUUACAGUUGGGGGCAUCCGUGUCGUUUGGACACAUUUCUUGUUUUAACAUGCAUUUUGUGAUUGAACUUGUUAAAUGGAAUGAAAUAAGCUUCAUGACAAAUAGUGCAUUGUUAUGUUUGUAGAGAAUAUGUGUUGAAAUGGUGAAAGCAUUUAAAAUGCUAUAUAUUUUCUGUGUUGUGAACUUAAAUACAACAUCCUAAUUCUCUGGUACAAUAGAUUAAAGAUUACAUUAAUCAUAUUGCUUAUUGAUAUUAAUGAUAAUUUUAUAAAAAUACACUUCGUUUCUGCAAUUAAUCGUUUAAAUAUUUUUUUACUGGGUAUAUAUUUCAUGUGAGAUAAAUCAUGAUGCUUUAAACUUAUUGUCAUACAUGUAUCACCUUUUAACAAUCUUCUAUUAUUAUUCUUUAAAAAAACAACAGAAACAUUUAAGGGCAAUUACUUAACUGUCUCCAGUAUAAAAAUAUAUAUAUGUGUCAUUUGUGGGGAACACAUUUGGCUUUACUAAUGAUCGUUCAUCAUGUCAACAAAUAAAGCAGGUAUGUCAAAGGAAUUAAAUAAAAAAUGCUCAGUAAAUCGCAAAAAAUAGAUCUGUUUUGAAGACUUAAAUAAGAUUUUAUAAAAAAGAGUCAUACAAUAUAUCAUAAGAACCACUUGAAAUAUAAAUAUAUGAGGAUUUUUAAGAAUUCAAAACGGUGACAGCUACAUUAUUUAAUUCUGGUAUUAUUGAUUAGCAACAUAACUCAGGAGAAGAAGCUUUUAGAAUGGCCAUCCCUGCUUGACUGUGUAUUUGCUGUUUUGUUGAUUUUAUCAUUAUUGUUGCAUCUUUAGUGCGUUUUCACACAUCUAUUGUUAGUGCUAUUUUUCACAGAGUUAGUGAUCGAGCGUUAAACAUAUUUAUACAGCUUUGUAGAAUGCGCUGUUUUAUCCUUGUUUGUAUGUUUUGUAUACAGCCUAUAAUAUGUUGUUUUUCUUCAUGUUGCUUGAAGUAUGUACAUACUUGCAGUAACUGCUGUGCUGUUGUUGUUGUUGUGUGUUGUUGUUGUAAGUGUACAUGUCUGAAAACAAGUUCACAACCUUUGGAAAAGUGCGGGUAAAAUUUUCUAUUCCAUUUCAGCUUUUUCUUGAAAUACUCGGUUGAUUUGGCUUGGCUUAUGCACUUAAAUUUGUUGAAAUUAAUUUUGGUCUUAGAGGUUUGUGAUGCUAUGAUUUUAACUUAUUACUUUUUUUCAGAAAUUGCUAUAAUUAACUUGUUAACUUAUUUAUUAUUAGAGUUAAUAAUGUAUUAUGUUUGGGCUUGUUUUGGGUGUGUGCAAUGGCAAAAUGCAUUUUACUUGUUGGAUGGUUUUAAAGGCUUCAUUGAAUUUAUAAUAGGUAUGAAUCUUUUCUCCUUAUGCUUACAUUAAUACAUGUAACACUGCAAUAUAAAAGCAACACUGUUCACUUCCGAAGUUUUAUUUUGGAUGCAUCAUCAUUUUAACAUGUGUUGAAUUUUUACAGUCUAAAAAAGUACAUGCAAGUUCUUGUUAUGGUAAACAAAUAACAACAAACCAACAGAACAUAUUUGUCAUCUUAUAAAUUAAAUAAUGUUUGUUAUUUGUAUUAUGAUAUGGUGUAUUUUGGAAUCAUGAUAAAUCAAGUAAACCUCUUUUAUCAUCAAAUUGUUGUACCUUUAUGCAAUCCAACUGGAAUCUAGUAACAUCAAAACAUUACUUCUGUGUCACACCAACUAAAUAUUGUUUCAAAGUUUCCUCUAGUUACAAUACUAAUUGACCUCUAAUCAUUUUUUUUAGAUUGCAGUUGUGUCUGGUACAUGGUGACUCUUACUUACAGUGCCCGAUACAUGGUGACUCUUACUUACAGUGAUAUUUAUUUCAGUGAUGCUUGAUUAUGUUUCAUUUUUAUCAUUUUUUCAAGACAUAUUCAUUUUAAUUAUCUUAUAUAUAACCAACAUAAUAUAUAUUUAAAAAAAUGUUGUGGAAAAAAAUGCUCAUUGUGUUUGGAUAUCUGCCAUGUCUUUGUUGUGACCUUCAUUGCAUUUCAAAUACAUUUUGGUAACAAUUGAUGAACAGCACUAAAAUGUGUGUAAGUAUGACAAAAUUACAAAUACAGCAGAAAAUAAUGUAAUAAAAAAUAUUGAAAAUAUUAAAAGUAUAAACAUUAUAUAACAAAUAUAUGCACUUAAAAUAGAUGAAAACUGUUGAAGAGAAAUAAAAAGUUCCACUUAAAA